GGACGUGGGGGAAAGAACAAAAUGGGGCUUUUAAUAAAAUUAAGUCAGAAUUGUUGUCAGAUCGGGUAUUGGCUCAUUACAAUCCAGAGUACCAGACCAUAGUGACGGCGGACGCCGGACCGCAGGGGCUGGGCGCUGUGUUGGCGCAGCGGCAACCAGACGGCACGGAACGCGUGGUCGCCUACGCGUCACGCUCCUUAUCUAACUCUGAACGUAAUUACGCACAAAUUCAAAAAGAAGCUACUUCGAUUGUAUUUGCGAUAAAAAAAUUCCACCAUUAUUUAUAUGGGCGUUCGACCCCUUUUAUUUUGCGUACAGACCACAAGCCACUUAUAUCGAUUUUUGGUAAUAAAAAAGGAGUCCCAGAGAUGGCAGCAAACAGAUUACAGCGCUAUGCCCUAUUUUUAUCUGCGUAUAAUUUUAAAAUUGAAUACAUUAAAGGAGAUAAUAACGUAGCAGAUUUUUUGUCGCGUAGUGUAAAUGCAAUGGAAAUGUUCGACGAUAAAAAUAAAUUAAAUAUUGAUCCCAUAACUUAUAUAAAUUUUAUUGAAGACUCAAUGUUAAAACCUAUCACAGUAGAGGACAUUAAAAAAGAAACAGGUUUAGAUGGAAUUUUGAAGAAAGUAGCUUAUUAUAUUAAAACGGGAUGGCCCCCCAAGAUGACAGAUAUUAAUAUAAAGCCUUAUUUUUUAUGUCGUUUCGAAUUAUCCUUAGAGAAUGAAUGUAUUUUACGAGGUCAUAAAGUAGUAAUUCCUCACAAGUUCAGAGAGCACAUAUUGAAUGAAUUGCAUAGUUCCCAUUUUGGGGUAGUACGUACAAAAACGGAAGCAAGAACUCGUUUUUGGUGGCCAAAUAUUGAUAGACAUAUUGAAGAAAAAAUAGGUUCUUGUAGUUUAUGCAAUUCUAAGCGUAGUUUACCCCCUCGUUCUCCCCUCGCGCCGUGGGCAUUCCCAGCACGACCUUGGGAACGCAUUCAUUUGGACAUGUUUUCAAUUGACAAGCAUCAGUUUUUAGUAGCUGUCGAUGCCUAUUCAAAAUGGAUUGAGUGUUUUUUAAUGUCUAAUACCGAUAGCCAGUCGAUAAUUAAUAAACUAAAUGAGAUAUUUAGUAGGUUUGGAUUGGUUCACACGUUAGUGACAGACAAUGCGACAAAUUUUUGUUCCACGCAAUUUGAAGAUUUUUGUGUAUUAAAUGGUAUUAAACACGUCACUAUAGCACCAUACCACCCGGCGUCCAAUGGUCAGGCUGAAAAUAGCGUGAAGACGUUAAAGAAGGGUGUACGGAAUAUUUUAAGAGAAAACACACAUCAAAAAGAUAUUAUGAAAAAAAUAAACAAUUUUUUAUUCAAUUAUCGCAAUUCGACACAUUGCACAACCGGUUUUUCACCAGCGCAACUAUUACUAGGGCGAUCACUGCGCUGCCGGCUCGAUUUGUUACGCGUUAUUCAACCUAAUAGCAAUAAUAAUACAUCUGAGUCGUUAGCAUCCACAGUUCAAAACAAUGUUUUUGUUAAACAGACCUUACAGCGUAAGCAAUUUGGAGGACAUCGCAGGACGGACUUUUCAACAGGAAGUAAAGUUUUGGUAAAACAUAUUUUUAAAAAUGGCAUGAAACAUAUAUGGAAAUUGGGAACAAUACAACGAAAAAUUGGUUCUAGGAUGUAUGUUAUUUUUGUACCAGAAUUAAAUUGUCAUGUAAAAAAACAUGUGGAUCAGUUAUUGGCCUAUAAAGGAACUGACUUAUCUCAGGAUUUAGAUGAUAUUAGCCUAAGUGAUUACUACUCCAUUGUUGGGGAGGGGACGGACAGAAACAUGAGGGAAGAGACAGUUUCAUCAGAGGUUGUGUGUCAACCUAUAGUUCCGGAAGGAGCAAUCACCAAUCCAGAUGUCUGCGCUCCAGAGUUACCAGAAACAUCAAGCUCAUCUCAGGCAGAAUUUUCACAUGAUGACUCUUUCGUCUCCAUACCAGACCAUAACUCAGUAGGAACAACCGCUGAACAAACGACGUCAACUCCCCUGUCACUACUUCCCAUAGAAAAAGCAUGUAAAAAGGUUACAGAAGCUGAACCUACGGUUAUUAAAAGAGGCCGAAAUCCAAUACGAUCCACAAGAAUGAAAAAGGUUAAUUAUAAACUCUAGGUUAGGUAAAUUUAAAAUGUUUUGUUUAUAGUUUUUAAUUUAGUUUUUUUUUUUAAGAAUAAGUGGGGGAGGGAUUGUAGUAUUUGAGGGUAUCAAGUUACACUAUUGAAGGUAACUAAGAAACAAAAUGUCAUUUAGUCUGUAACCGACCAGUAAACAAAUAACAGUAAUCUUGCGUUUUUAUUUCGAUAUCUCUGGACAUACAUUACAUA